AUGUUAACUAAAAAAGACUAAUUUCGAAAGUUAGUUGAUAAUUAGUUUUAUUAGGGUAAUGUAAUGUCCAUAAAAUAAACUCUGAUGGUUAACAAUGAUACUCUUGAAAAUGAAUUUUUAUAAAAGCCUCCAUCAUAUUAAUUUUAAUACCUACAAUUGGACAGGGGGAAAUUAUAGUCAGUAAUAGUUAUAAAUUUAAAAUAAAGAUCAACACAAAAGAAUCAAGUAGAACGAGAUUUAGAAAUAAUUCUGUAAGUAAUUAAAAACAGGAUAAUGAAAUAGGUUUAGUUCAAUAACUUAAGAAUAAAAUAAGCAAAUUAUAAUCUUUGCUUCAAGAUCUUUUUAGUAUUUUGAAGAGUAAUGAAAAAGUCAACAAUGGAAUUAUUACAGAAUUGCAUGAGAAAUUUAUUUCUAUCAUUAAAAAUAACAAUGAAACAUAAAUAACAAAUUAAAUGAAUUUGUAUAAACUCAAUGGACAGAUCUAUGGGUUAUCUAAAGCUGAUUUAAAUGAUUCCAAUUUAACAAAGGAAACGUAUACAAUAAAUGAAAAUAUUAAGGAAAUAUAAAUUCUCCAUUAUAAAGGAGCAUGCAAAAUUAUGAAAAUUUUUACUUUUAAUCAUGAGUCCUUUAAUUUUGGCGAGUGUUUAGAGGGGAAUAAUACAUUAUAAGAAAAAUCGUUUUCAUUCUAAGAGAAUAAAAUAUUUAAAUCACUAUAUUUCGAUCAAGGCGAAUCAAAUCAACUAACAGGUUUUUUAGAAUUAAACAAAAUGUUUUCAUUAGAUAGUAUUUAACAUCAAGGUAGGAUUACAGAUGAAUUUAAUUAAGAUCACGAACUUCAUGAUAUCAAUAUUUUAACAAAUUAAGGUAGUAUUGUUGGAGCUUAAGGAAUCUACAGAAAAUCAAUUAAUUCUGAAAUACAAUUAGUAGAAGGAAAACCUUUUAUAAACACUGCCUAUUUAAAUUCAGAAUUAAAUGAUUGCGCUUAUGAAGAAUUUAGAGUAUUGUAUGAGUUCGAAGUAUAUUAAAAUAAGGAAUGCCUAACUAUUGAUAAAAUUACUUUAAAGUAUUAAAUAAUAAGUACGAUUUGAUGAUAAUUUUAAAUAGAUAAAAUAAAUUAAAGUAAAUCUAAACUUCAGAUUGAAAUUGGGAAGUUGAAAGAAAAGAAUUAUACAAUUUUAAAACACCAAGUGCAAAAAGGAAAACUUUUGUCCUUUACAUAUUCUCAUAUAAAUGAACAAAAUUAUUUGACUAAUAUUGAAUUGGUAUGA